AGCAGUCAGCACAGCAGUAAAUACGUGUCCUUUUUCCUACCUUGCUACUUUACAUACGCCUUUUUGUUUUGGGUUGCUGUUGCUCCCAAACUCAAACCUCAGCUAUGUCAGGUCUGUAUAAUCACCGCUUCUCCCCUGUCCGGACUGCUUCUCCACAUAUUAGAAACACCCCCGACAUUGAUAGUAAUCAACUCUUAUCAGAGCUGUUGGCAGAGCAUCAAAAGCUUGGUCCUUUCAUGCAAAUCCUUCCCACAUGUAGCCGACUGUUAAAUCAAGAGAUAUUAAGGGUCUCUGGAAUGAUGUCCAACCAAGGAUUUGGUGACUUUGACAGGAUGAGGCAUAGAAGCCCCAGUCCCAUGGCUUCUUCAAACAUUAUGUCAAAUGUUUCUGGAACUGGAUUAAGCAACUGGAAUAGUCUUCCUCAGGAGAGACUAAGUGGACCUCCUGGGAUGACAAUGGACUGGCAAGGUGCACCGGCAAGCCCUAGUUCAUACAAUGUGAAGAGAAUUUUGCGUCUUGAAAUUCCUGUCGAUACAUAUCCAAAUUUCAAUUUUGUUGGACGACUCCUAGGCCCUAGAGGCAAUUCUUUGAAGCGGGUAGAAGCUACUACUGGUUGCCGUGUAUACAUCAGAGGCAAAGGAUCAAUAAAGGAUCCAGACAAGGAAGAGCAGCUCAGAGGUAGAUCUGGCUAUGAACACCUCAAUGAUCCACUCCACAUAUUAAUUGAAGCUGAUUUACCUGCUAAUUUUGUUGAUAUAAGGCUCAGACAAGCUCAGGAAAUUGUAGAAGAAUUACUGAAACCUGUGGAUGAGUCACAAGAUUUUAUCAAGAGGCAGCAGUUGCGUGAGCUGACGAUGCUGAACUCGAAUUUCCGAGAGGAAAGUCCGGGUCCAACUGGUAGUGUUUCUCCUUUUAAUUGCAGUGGAAUGAAACGUCCCAAAACAGGACGCUGAGGGUUUAAACAAUAAAAUCAUCUGAGUUGUUUGUUUCUACACUGCCUGCCCCCAGGAUUCAAAACCAAACAUACCCUCUCAUCUGAUGCAAUAUAUCAGUCCAGCACAAGUUGAAAUGAUUUGGGCUAACCAGUAUAUCUCUGGGGAGCUUUGUAAUGGUCCUUUCAUUGUUUUUGUGUUUUGAACAGAAGAGAGAGAUAGAAAGUUGGUUCUUGCAUUUUAGGUUUAGUGAGGUCAGUUUUGGUGUAAAACUCGAUACAUCCAUUGGAUUCAUUCUUGUGUUAGUAGCUAUAAGGUGUGUGCAAUAAUAAUAUAACAUGUACUUCUUGUGUUGCAAGCAAA